AGGAGGAGCAUGAGGCGGACCUGUAACUGUGUGCAUGUGUGUGUGAGUGUGUAAACGUCUGGAUGAGGCACACACUCAACUCUCAGUGACUGGGCAGCCGACUUCAGGAAGCCCAGGGAAAAAAAGUUCCAGGAUCUGGACACGCAGAUUUUUUUCUCCCGUAGUCUCAAAGGCAAGAGGAAGGACAACCAUUUUCUCUGAGAAGCUAAACAUCGCUAGCUAGCUAGCCAACAACCAUGACUUCUCAAAGUAGCUACGGCAGCAGCCUACUGUUCCAAACAAUGAACGACGACCUAAACGCUUCGCUAGCCAACGCGGAUGAGCUAGCUAGCCAGUUUGACUCCAUGCUGAGGGAUGCCUCCGGAUCCAAAGACAAGCAACGUGAAUAUCAGAUUCCCCAUUACAAUAUCUCACCACCGUCUACCGCCUCCGACACGCGGAGCAGCUGGACUAACAUCAGCCCCACGUCCACAUCAACCCUCCGCUCAAUGGAUGUGACCGCUAUGAUUAAAAGCACGCCAACCUCCCCGGCACCCUCAGUCAGCCCGCUUUCCUCGCCCAGAAUCGCCCGAUCAACGUCGUCUCUGCCCCGAGGUGCUUCUGACGGGUACUCGUACCAGCAGAUUAGCCCCAAGCAUUCGCCACACAGCCCGAGACGAAGCUACGACCGCAGUCCCCGCCGUUCGCCGGGCUACGCGGAAAGGAGUCCGUCCCCGGGUCACGCUCCUGCCUCGCACCUGCCGCUUCCCUCGCCCAACCGGCUCAGUCCCUUCGACGGUCGGAGGUCGCCUAGGGCCGACCGGGGCCCGUCGCCUUUGUCGUUUCAUCAUCCCGUGGCUGAAACGCUUCCACGGGCAUUUGCGUUCAGGCAAAGUGAUGAGGGUGUGCAGAGGCAAAAGAGUCCCAGCAAGUGGAACGAGACGGAUCUCGACAUGUCCUUUGAAAGCAAGCCUCACCACACCUACGACAAGAGUGAGUGGAUUAGAACAUCCGUGCCAAACAGCAACUGGAGGGAAUCCAACCUGGAUGGCCCUCCUCCGGCCCCCGGCCCCAAAAAGAAUCAUCGUGCUCCACCUGUCCAGUUCCCCCAGGGCUCCUUGUCCAGAAACACUCGAGUGACAGUACUUCCAGAAGUGGCAUCUCCUAACCCGUCCCAUCAGUAUCACCAGCAGCCAAUCAUUUCGCGCAUUUCCAUUCCUCCCAUUGCCGCCCAGUCGCGCCAGAAUCGGCCCAUCCCACUCUCUGUCAUCAUGCGUCUUCAGAACCCCCAAUGGGGUGCCAUGUCCCCUAGGACUGGACCUCCUGGAGACCAUUGGGAGACUUCCUCCCAGCCUGCCACAUCCAGGAACUUCUUCAGCCAGGCCGCCAUGCAUCCGCCGCCGGAGUUGAGACAACCGGCCAUUUACAGCGACGCAUUAAACCCAGGUGACAUUGACGCAGAGCUAUCUCGACUAGACAUAGUUCACCACAUCCCGCAGAUCCACGAGGGCGAACCCAGCACCCCUCAGGGCCCUCCCCGACCUCUUAGCCCCACCCGGCUACAACCUGUGGUGGCCCCUGAAGCCCAGAGCCAGGAGAUCCCCGACCUGGAAGAGCUGCUACGCAUCCGUUCAGAGAUCCCUCGACCCCUGAAAAGGCGCGGCUCGGUGGACCAGUCGCGACCCCUUCAGAGGGCGUCGCACUACGAGCCCAACCAGUACAAGAAGCUCAUCAACAAGCUCUUUCGGCGCAAGGAGCCCCGGCACAAGGGCGAGAGAGGCAGCGAACGGGGCAGCGAAACCAGCACCUCGUCGGAGGAAGAGGAAAUCGCUGCAGUUCCUCUGCCACAACCCCCGCCGACAUCCACCCUUCACGACUUCAGAAACUACCAUUCCAUCCUGAGGGCUAGCCGGGACCGCAAAAGCUCCGGUAGACGAGCCCGCCUUAGCCCGCUGGUGCUAGCGCUGGACGGUGCACUUGUGGGAGAGCUGGAAACGGUUCAGCGGGCAGUACAGGAAAUGCCGGAUCCGAGCCAGCCCAACGAUGAGGGCAUCACGGCGCUCCACAACGCUAUCUGUGGUGGACAUUACAAUGUGGUAGACUUCCUGGUUCGCAUUGGCGCAAAUGUUAGUGCACCGGACAGCCACGGAUGGACUCCGCUACACUGUGCAGCCUCUUGCAAUGACCGGCUUCUCUGCGAAUUCCUGGUGAGAAACGGUGCGGCCGUCAUGGCGAUAACGGAGAGUGACGGUGCCACGGCCGCGCAAAAAUGCGACCCGUACGCCUCCGGCUUUGAGGAGUGCGAGACCUUUCUGAGAGGCAGAGAGGAAGGGAUGGGAAUUGAGAACAGCGGCGUGUUGUACGCCCUGUGGAGUUACCCGGCUCAGGCUCCUGACGAACUGACUUUCCGAGAAGGGGACAUGGUCACCAUCCUACAGAAGCAUGAUGGCUCCGACUGGUGGUGGGCGUCACUAUGCGGCCGCGAGGGCUUCGUGCCUAACAACUACUUUGGGCUUUUUCCAAAGGUUCGACCAAAAUCUCUUUCCUAGCUGCGAAGAAUGUAUUUGAGUCUAGCGACGCAUGUAAUGUAGUAUCCGUGGUCCAUUCGUCAUCAGUCAAGGACAGUAGAAGGACGAGUCUCAGUAUUCUUUUUUUCUGUUUCACUUUCUGUUAGCUACUUUUAAAGGGUAUUACAACACCUGGGGAAAUGCUAAUAUUCCAUCAUUUAUCCAUAAACGCAUACCUUUUGGAUUCAUAUCAUGCCACUUCGUUUAAUUACACACAUCGUAACACCAAGAAAAUGAUAGAAAUUUGGAUCGAUUGUCAAGCUAAACCAACCGGCGCCCGAGAUCCCGGAAAUCUAGCAUAUUGUGUGCGUGACGUCACAACAAGGAAACAACCGGCUCAGUGCUUAGUACUGAAUGGUGACGAUGAUGGCGGACAAUUUUAUUUCUAGUUGCAGCGACGAAUCCGACGUAACGAACGUUCUUCUAAUGGUGACGAGGAGAGUUAUGAACCUUUCUUUGGUGCCUAAUGAAAGGAUCAUUGAGGGUAGCAAUCACAGUGAUGAAACACCGGCAACAGAUCGUGUGGGAAACACUGAAUGUUUUGUUUUGCAUUUCUUUUUGUGAAGCUGAUACACCGUGACCGCAAAAUAAAGUAAUGUAUUGAAUAAUUAAUAUUUACUGUGCUAUCAUAGGUUUUCGCUCUGCCAACAGACACAAAUAUGAAUGGGAUCAGAGGAUUUGUUCUAUAUAUAUUUUACGAGCGAAAAUUUAUACAUGUGUCCAGUCCUAUAUCCAAUGCGUGAUAUUUUUUUUAUUAUAAAAGACUACUCACUCUGGCCAUUUCGAGCUUGGCUGCUCCGCUCCUUUGGUUAGCCUGGGGUGGUGGGGUGGUCUCAUCAGAGCCAGUCAUCGUCCUCUUUCUUGAUAUCUCGGGACAUUUAGGUGGCUGCGCGUGUAUGGUGGGCACCGCAUCUGCUUUCAGCAGCAAUUUCUUAGCAAAACCUGAUUUCAUUUGUCCAUAGUUCGAAUAGCUUUCAGGUGUAAAAUGCGCACCACACAAAACCAUGCCGGAGGCUGGGUCUGCAAAAUUAGCCCUCUUAGCACGGACGAACUUCACUCAUUGCCUGCGUAGUCCAGCUCUUUUUCUCGCGUUCGGGAACUCAUGGGUACUACAUUGCGACAAAUGGCUAUUUGUACAAUGCAUAGCAUGACAGGUUUGAACCAUUUUAGCGAUUUUUUGAUAAAACACGAACGCAACUCUCUCGUCGAUAAACAACGAUGGCACCUGCCUCGACCUUUUGUUUCCUUGUUGUGACGUCUCCGCCCCAUUCGGCUGUUUCCGGAAUACUUUUGGAAAUGUUCGUAAUUUUCGACGUAUUUUCGAUAAUUGCUCAUGAAUGUGAUUUAUUUUUUUGUUAACUUUAUUAAUAUUUGUUAUCUUGCCACAUAACGGUUCUAUAGAUAUCUCACAGCCCCUUAGUAUUAUAAUACCCUUUAAUCAAUGUUGCACCAAUACUAGUGUCGGUACCUGUACCAAUACAGCACUAAAAUGACAGCGAUAUCGGGCAGGACUAAGAGAUAAUGAGCCAAUGCUGGGCAAUAUGUACUUUUCCCAAGAUGAUGAUAGAUGUCCAAUCAUAUGGUGUCCAGUCAUCCUUCUGCUGUGAAUUUAAAUUAGUUUAUCACUAACAGAUAUCCAAUCAAUUUGAAGCUAGUAGGUGGCAGCGGGUUUAUUCGCUGCCAUCCCUCUCACUUCGAAUGGAUCGGACAUCUAACACCGUCAUAGGCAGACAAAGAGUUAAAGGAUAAAAAAAGUCUUAAAUAGCAUUAUUAUGUGAAUUAGAAUCAUAUUUUGAGACGAUUUGACUAACAAUUUGGCAAAGCGCAGAUGACAAGAAAUUAGUCUUUUAAAGUGCCUGUGACACGAAAAAGCAUGUUUAUUUCACAAUACGCGCGGUAUUUUAUGCUCCUGAAUGAAAUGGACCGCUUGGAUGUGUUUGGAAGUGAUCGCUAUAUUUAUUUAGUUUUUUUAAUCCCGCGCCAUGAAAAUGAGUGACUUCCAGCAUCAGUCUGGAGUUGAGAAAGAGGGCGCUGGCACGAGUACGAAGGAAGGAGUCCUCUUCACUAUACAGCCGUACUGUUGUAUGAGAAGGACUGAUUUUGCGGAAUAUGUUUAUUUUUCGCAUCACGCCAGCCAAACGGCUGCAGAAAAAUCUUGCUGUAAGAGGGAGAGGCGUGUGCGCCUAUUUGGGGUUUCAAAAGGUUCCCAUUCACGGUGGAUAUUGGCCAAAACAAGCCCUACUACUGUGGGACCAUUGGACUAACCAGGAAGUGAGUAAACAUCGUGUUUUGUAUUAUGUCAAAUGCUGGGAUCAUUUUAAUAUGUAGGUGGCUUGCAUUUUAUGGCUGACAUGCUCCUUGCCCCCUCGGCGGCUUGUCGCACAUCCCCCCGCCGGGAGAGAUCUAUACUCUGCUUAUUCCCCUCUUCAUGCGCCCGGUGUUCUGUCAAAUUUUCCAACCGAUCAGAAAUUGCAACUUUGAGUUAAAAAUAGCAGCGAAUACAGCGAUUACAAAGUAAACACUACAAACUUUCUUUAAAUAAAGGACUACUUACAUUUGGUUCUAGAUUUCCUCAUACACAUUAGCUGCAGAUGUUAGCUGCACAACAACUGCAGCCGCUCUGUAGUAGCAGGGGAACGAGCUGUAAAUUGCUCUCCGCCAGGCGGUUUGCCAAUCAGCGAAGACAAUCGACAACCCAGUCGUCAUGUGAAACGAUCCGGGCUAAUUAUGUGUGAUUUUACGCUUCAAAGACUUUGACACAUCACUCGAUACGGGUUAGCAUGUCAGCUAGCUGUCACGCCUCUUGGUUUGUUUACAAUACAUUUUCUGAAACCGGGGAAGGGAAAUGACAUAAGCCCGAUUUAGUUGGUAUAUAAUAUCGUUUGGGAGGUGCGACAAUAAAGGUGAAGUCGACAGUUUUGACCAUUAUGGAGUAAUUUUGCCAUGUCGUCUUGAAUAAAUGCAUUUUUAUUAUUUCAUAUUCCAUUUAGCACAAGACUGUUAUUUGUCAUGACCAUGCCAUUUAUUUAGCAAUUGGGGAAAAUACUUGGAUAAAAAGAAUAUCCUGUAAAAAUAUUGGAGUAGAGAGACUGAAACAAUUAAAUUUUAAGGCUCUCUUCGUCGCGUUUUCCUGGUUGUGAAUAAUUCCCCUCAAUGGGCUGCAUACUAAAUCAGAUGAAAUCGUGACUCCACUGACGUCAUCCACCUGUUGGGGUCGCUAGAGCCGUAUAAUGUUAGGCGUGGCUCACCGGCAGAUUAAAAGACUAAUUUCUCGUCAUCUGCGCUUUGCUAAAUUGUUGUAUAUAGUCGAAUCGUCUCAAAAUAUGAUUCUAAUUCACAUAAUAAUCCUAUUUAAGACUUUUUUUCUCCUGUCAUACGCACUUUAAUCUUCUGUUUAGCCACGCCUACCAUUAUAGGGCUCUAGCGUCCCCAACAAGAGGAUGACGUCGGCACGGUCAUGUUUUCAUCUGAUUUAGAAUUCAGCCCAUUGAGGGGGAAUUAUUCAGAACGAGGAAAAUGCGACGAAGAGAACCGCAAAAUGUCAUUGUUUCAGUCUCUCUACUCCAAUAUUUUUACAGGGUAUUCUUUUUAUCAAAGUAUUUUUCCCCAAUUGCUAAAUAAUUGGUAUAGUCAUGACAAAUAACAGUCUUGUACUAAAUGGAAUAUGAAAUAUUAAAAAUGCAUUUAUUCAGUACGACAUGGCAAAAUUACUCCAUAAUGGUCAAAACUCUCCACUUCUUGCACUUCCCAAAUUAUAUUUUAGGCCACUGGAGUUAGUACGGCUUUUGUCAUUUUCUUUCCCCGGCUUCGGAGAGCGUAAACAAACUAGGAGGUGGGACAGCUAGCCGACAUGCUAACACGAACCAAGUGAUGUUUCAAAGUCUUAUUCUCGGCUUUUGAAUCAAAAAAUCACACAAAACAACCCAGGAUCAUGUCACACAGUGGCGAGGUUGACGAUUGUCUCCGCCGAUCGGCAAAUUGCCUGGCGGCGAGCAAGUUACAGCUCUCCAGACUCCUCCCCUGCUGUGGAGAGCUCAUUUGCCGGGGAAGCAGCUGGAGAAUGCCCGCCGGACACACCGGCCGACGACGGAGGAGUGCGUAGCUGCCACAUGGUCAACACGAAUAUGGCGUAAAAUAAUGCUUUACUACAUGGCGAAGACGUAAAUAGUGAGAGAGCGGCGUGCAGUUGUUGUGCAGCUAACAUGGCAGGAUGUGUCUGAAGAGAGCUUUUCUACAUGUCCGUCCAUGAUCAAACAUAAGUAAAUAGUCCUUUAUUUAAAGAAGGUUUGUAGUGUUUACUUUGUAAUCGCUGUAUUCGCGGCCAUUUUUAACACAAAGCAAUUUCUGAUGGGGUUGAUUUGACAGAACACCGGGCACACAAAGACGGCAAUUAGCUGAAUAUAGAGGGGGGUGUGCGACAAGCCGCCGGUCGUCGGCCGAGUGGCAUUCUCGGUGGACAAUCAGCCACAAAAUGCAAGCCACCUCCGUAUUAAAACAUGUGUCAUGAUCCCAGUAUUUGACAUAAUACAAAAUACGAUGUUUACUCACUUCCUCGUAAGUCCAAUGGUCCCACAGUGGUAGGGCUUGUUUUGGCCAAUAUCCACGGUGAAUGGGAACCUUUUGAAACCCAAAAAGGGUCACACGCCUCUCCCUGGUGCGGCAACAGUUUUCUGCAGCACAUUUGGCUGGUGUGUUGUGAAAAAUAAACGAAUUAAUACGCAAAAUCAGUUGAAUCCGCAGUCCAUCUGCAUGCUAUAAAGCAAUGCUGUAUUGUGUGAUGCUGACCCGGGUGUCGUCACAUUCGCAUUCCUCCUCAAAACAGGAAGUUUUCAUUUUAAUAGCGCGGGAUUCAAAAAACUGAAGAAAUAAAACGAUCGCUUCCACACAUAUCCAAGCGGUUCAUUUCAUUUGGGAGCAUAAAAUACAGCGGGAAAUAUGAAAUAAACAUGUUUUUUGGUGUUAUAGGCACUUUAAGCAGUCUGACCAAGCCAGGAUUUUGUUUUACAUAAAAAAGUGUGAUUUGUAAUAUUUACUACUGUCUUCUUUGAGUAUAAAAAGUAUAUUUGUGUUUCUCAUUUGUUGUUGUUUUUUUUUAAAAGAGAACACACUUUGUAUUUUUUAAUAAGAGUGCAAUGUCUAUUUCUGACCACAAGGCGGCGUCAUGUAAUCACGUAGUAUUAAUACUGUUUUCUGUAAUGUGAUCUAUUAAACUGCUUUUUUUCGUUUUA